GUGACUUUAAUAAGUGUACACUGAUGCCAGAGAGCCGGGAGCAGGAUGAAGGUGUGUAACCGUGGAGUGCAGAUGCUCCUCACCACGGCGGGAGCUUUCGCGGCCUUCAGCCUGAUGACCAUUGCGGUGGGCACCGACUACUGGUUGUACUCCCGUGGAGUUUGCAGGACCAAAAGCGUCAAUGACAACGACACCAACCGAAAGAAUGAGGAGGUGCUUACGCACUCGGGGCUCUGGAGACAGUGCUGCAUGGAAGGCAUAUUUAAAGGGGUUUGUAAGAACAUUGAUCAUUUUCCAGAGGACGCAGAUUAUGAACAAGAUGCUGCAGAAUAUCUACUGCGUGCUGUGCGCGCAUCUAGUCUUUUCCCUAUAAUGAGUGUGGGACUGCUGUUCAUCGGUGGAGUAUGUGUAGCCGCCAGUGAGUUCUACAAGAGCCGACACAAUGUCAUCCUGAGCGCAGGCAUCUUUUUUGUCUCAGCUGGCCUUAGCAACAUUAUUGGCAUUAUCGUGUACAUCUCAUCCAACGCUGGCGAUCCUAAUCAGAGCGAGUCCAAGCGCAGUCACUGGUACGGCUGGAGCUUCUACUGCGGCGCUCUUUCCUUCAUCAUAGCGGAGACCGUUGGCGUCCUGACCGUGCACCUGUUCAUCGAUACGCACCGUGUGUUGCGAGCACGUUCACAUCGCACCCUCCAAACCAGCACGCAUUCCCUACAGCAUCGGCGGUCGACCAGCUACCGUUCCCGCUACCGCUGGAGGCAGGGUCAAAACCGCUCGUCAGACUCCAGAUCGCGCGAACCCUCUCCGGCCCGCCACGGGAACGAGCUCGGUCUUUACGCGCUGGGACGCGGACUUCCACCAACAGCUGCUCACGCGUUCGCGCACAACUCCCUCAGCACCGGCCGUGGUUUUGCACACUUUCAUAACUCUGUCAUCGCUAAUAACAGCAUAACCAAUCCUCUCGUUUUGACCAUGCAGAACUCGGCGAAAUCGGAUAGAGAGCUUCCGCACAUACAGAACUCCUUGAACACAGAGAAAGGAUUUGCAUUUUCAAAUGCACAUGGAGAAAAUUCAGUCAAACCUGAAAAUGGAGUCGUGCUCUCGCAGAACUAUAAACUAAACUCAGUAAAGCCCAGUAAAAGCCCAGUGCAUGUGGAAAAUUCCGGGAAUGACAAUUCACUCGUGCAAAACGCUGUAAAAGAGCCCUCAUAUAUGUCUCAAAGUAGCACUGCGACAAGAAGAACAACUCCGGUUUAAAAAAGACCUUUUUUAAGACCUCUGCUGCUAUAUUAUGAAAGGUCUAAGUGAAGAUUUGCUAAUUCCUUCACUAAAUAUGUGUAUAUUAUUUGCAUAAAAUGGUGCUGUUUAUUGUGCCCUCUGCUGUCUCUAUGCAGAAGCGAAUCUGCUGCCUUGUCCUUGGAACUUUUUCAGAUGCAAUACUCUUAAUGACCACAUGAGCAGCAAAGUGCAAUUGUCAUGUCAAAACACACUUUGGACCUUUUCACUGAUACUUUUAUUGACAUCGUAAAUUUAGAAAAGCAUUUUAUAUUUUCAUUUAAAAAUGUAAUGUACAUUUAAAAAGCUAUAUGUUGUAACUGGCAUUAAAUUACAGAAAACUAGUUAAUUGCUAAGUGGAUGUUUUAAUGGGAUCGAGGUAGCGAACAAAUCGUCAGAGCAGUUUACCCAAAUAUGACGAUUACCGUUUCUGAGACCCCUGAAGUGUAAAAAAAGGUCCUUCGGUUCAUUCA